AUGAAAAUAAUAAAGAGUGUUUAAUAGCUAAAGGUGAUAUUAGAGGAAAGGGAAAUGCAAGAAAUAUAGGGAAGGACAAGAUAAGAGAUAUUAUUGGAAGUGAAAACUCAAGCAGAUAUGGAUUUAGUAAUCAGCUUUAUUAACUGCUGCAUCAAGAGCUUAACCAAAUAUAGCAGAUUAUCCAUUUACAACAUUAAAUCUUUUAGUUCGUAAAGUGCAAUUUGUUGAUAAUACGGAGAUGACAAUAACAAAUAUUGCAAGAUUAAUAGAAGAAGUUCCUAAUGAUAAAGGAUUAGGACAUGAAUUUUAAAGACAUAUUGAAAGUUGCAGAGUAAUCAUUUAAUAUUAUAAUUAUUAGUUAUUAUUAUAUUUUUUAGAUGGAUAAGCAGGAUAUAUUGAAGAGUAAAUAAAUAUAUUAAAGAAUGAAAUUAAGGAAUAUAAUGAAGAGAUAUAAAAACCUUAUAUUGCUCGUAUUAAUAAAGCUAAUUUGAUAAAAAAAGAUUAUGAUUAUUUAAUGAUUAGCGCUAAAAAUUGUUAAAUGUUGGCUAAUUACUUUUGA